AUGUGGACUAAAGGAGUUUUUUCCUUGUUUAACAAAGAUGUCGAGGAGGGCUAUCCCGAAGACCGGGAUAAUCUGCAGCCGCUGAUCACCAUGAGCAGUGGCCAUGGGGAACAUUUCCGAACUCGGGCUACCAGACCACAGCAAUUGGGUUUAUCGAACGCUUCGUCAGAAUCGUCCCACUCGGACAUUCACAAGUUGCAUUUGUACGACCAGACGCCAUCGGUGGUGUCCACGCCAGACAUCACGCCAGCGGCUGAUGUCGAAGAGCAAUGGCCGAGGAAAUGGAGACGCAGCGACCGCCGCCUCAGGAGGCUUAACACGGAGCUCCUCGAGGCCAUAGAGAAUCAUGAGGUAGAAGAAGUGGAAAGAUUGCUUAAUGCUGGUGCGAAUCCGAACGCAACUUGUCGCAUGGACUUCGUUUCUGCGUGUCACUUAGCCGCUAUAAGCGGUGGGGACGCACUCAGCCUGCUGUUGAAGUUUGGCGCUGAGAAGCACCGAUUGGACCUUCUUGGACGCACGCCCCUUCACCUCGCUGCAUUCGCCGGCAACGCCAGGCAGGUGGCCAUUUUGCUCGACUUCCCCGAAGAAAUACAAGAUAGGGUUGAGAGUGACAUGAUAUCAGAUGCCGAAGAAGAAGUCAAGAGAAUAUGCCAAGUGACCAGGGAAAUGGUGAAUGUACGCUGCGACCUCGGUUUGAUAAGACAUCUCCUACCCAAGACGUGGAAAGACAACAUAGAUCACAACUGCAGAGACAUUAAAGGAAGCUUGCCGCUUCUACAGCCGGGCUGGACGCCACUACACGUGGCGGCCUCUUGCGCUCGCAUGCACUGCACCCGUCUCCUUCUUGCAGCAGGCGCGGACCCAAACAUAUGCGACGAAGCAGGAAGAACGGCCCUCGACGUCACUGGUUUUGGAUAUUACUUCGAUCAGCACAUUGACGCGAAGAACUUUCUAUCAGUUCUACGGAUGCUUAUCAAUGCUGGUGCUGUCUUUAACACUAUGAAACCAAAGGGUCUAGACAACGUAAACACACCCCUGCACACAGCUGUUGAGAUGGCGGAUACUGAUAGCAUAAACGAGCUACUUGACGCUGGAGCAUCGAUUAAAUGUCUCAACGCAGCUGGACAGACACCACUACACCUUUGCGUUCAGAAGGAAUUAGAAGAACCCUUACAGAUUUUAGCUAAUUACAACUACAAAGACGCUGACCCUUUUAUAGCUAUGGUUGAUGUGAAGGACAAAGAAGGGCAUACAGUUCUUCAAGCGGCCGUUGAGGCAGCAUGGGUGCCAGGCGUUUGUGUUGCCAUAGAAGCUGGGGCUGACGUCACAUUAAAGGCAAACGAUGGAGAGACGCCAUUGCACUCGGCAGCUGCUCUCGGGAACUUGGACGUGCUUACGGAAAUCUUAAGUGUGGCAAAACAGAAGGACAUCAUCGACUGGCAGAAUGAAGAAGGGGAGACACCAUUAUUCAAGUCAAUCAUGCACGAGCACGCUGAAUGCGUUACUGCCAUACUUGAAGAGGGCGCUUCGAUCAAGAUUACGUUACCAGGUGACGUCAACGUGUUCCACGUUGCAGCUGAAGCUGGCUUUUACGGUAUCCUGAAGACACUUCUGGAAUACGACGAAGAUGUCACUAGAACCAUGAUAAAUUCUGUAACCGCCGGUGAUAGGCGAGGCUUUGGCCCCAUACACUUCGCCGUCUCCAACAAUCACGCCGAAUGCGUUGAGCUACUACUAUCGAAGAACGCCGAUGUCCGAUUGAGAACUACCUGCAGUCCCCACAAGUCUUCCACUCCUCUGCACAUAGCGGCCGUAAAAAAUCACGUCAACAUAGCCAAGACGAUACUGAGAUUCGAUAAGACCACUAUCCACGAAGUUAACAGCAUGGGAUGGUUCCCGCUUCACACUGCCAGUCACCACGGCAGCCGUGACGUCAUUUCCCUCCUGCUUCAAGAAGGCGCCGACUUAUCGGGAUACACUGAUGGCCCGAAGAAAUAUCGUCGGACGGCCGUCGACAUGAUAAUCCACAACUUAUCGAAACCAACAGAAUUCAUGGAGGAGGUCUUCGAUUCGUACAUUUCCUCAAAUUGUCAGAGCUUUCAAGACGCGAACUGCGAAAUCACAGUCGAUUAUAGGAUACUAAUGCCAACUGUCUGCGAGAUGGAGCAGAUGAAGGUCAUCGAAGCUCUCCUUAAGACUGGGAACAGAUACGGACAGAAAAGAUUGCUCGUACACCCACUAGUUGAGAGUUUUCUAUACUUAAAAUGGAAAGCGCUGUUGCCAUUCUUCUACACGAUCAUAGCCUUCUAUUCUCUCUUCGUUACAUCUUUGACGAUAUUUAUAGUAUCUGUAUUCUUUUACAAGGACACGAAAGAAAUGGCACCGUUAUGGUUAAAUGCUAACAUUUGGGGCUACAUUGUUUACGCAACGAUUUUACUAAUUCUCUUUCAGGAACUACUCUACAUGAAUGUUAAAAGCAGCCGUUAUUUCUUACAACUGGAGACGUGGGUGAAAUUCGGAUCUAUUGGUCUUGCGACUAUCCUACCACCGGCUGUGAUGAUCAGCUCUUGGUUGUCCGCUGAAUGGCCAAGACAUGUGGCAACACUGGCCCUGUUGUUGUCGUGGUUAGAACUCAUGUUUCUGCUGUCGCGAUUUCCAAACGGCGGUUACUACGUUCUCAUGUUCGGAAAAGUUGCGUCCAAUGUUAUACGUAUUUUACUUACAUUUGCGUUUUUCAUCAUCGGAUUCGCCUUAAGUUUUAUGAUACAAUUCCAUUCGCAAAUGCCAUUCGAAGGCCCUUGGGCAGCUCUUGUCAAGACAAUGGUUAUGAUGACGUCAGAAUUCGAUUACGUGGCGCUUUUCGACGAGGAACAUUCAAAGGAUCUCGCCACUUCGCUCAUAGUAGUACGCAUCGUGUUUAUAAUCUUCGUAAUAUUAGCCGCAAUAGUACUCAUGAAUUUACUAGUUGGUGUCGCCGUAAAUGACAUCAACGACUUGGAAGUAUUAGGCAAUAUCAGACGGCUGGCCAAACAGGUGGAAUUCCUCAGCACUUUGGACAACCUUGUUUAUAACAAGUUUUUCGAUAAAAUUCUACCUAAACAAAUAAAUAAACAAAUAAGGAACAAGAGGAAAGUGUUUGGAAUGAUUGUGCUGUGUCCUGGCAAACCAAGAUGGCGACAUAAUAAAGUGAUGCCAACUCGUAUACGCGAUGCCAUAAUGAACAAAGCGCAAGAACAGAAAAAACAGAUAGAAGAGGAAUUAGGAAUGCAAAUGUUUAACAAGAAACUAGACGAAAUGUACGAAAUUAUAACUAAAAGGGAUCAAUAUCACAAAAACCAAAUAGCGUUGGACAAAACCGAAAACCCAAGUUGUAAAAUUAAAGUGCAACAGGAAGAAAUUAUGAAAUGCUUAAACCAUUUAGACGAUGGUAUGGCAAAAAUGAAAGUUCAAAUUAAUGGAACCGUUGAAGAUUCAAAGUCAUCUAUUGAAAAAUUAAAUGUAAAAGUAGAUCAAAUGUCCUUGGAAAUAGAAGAAAUUAAACUAUUCCUGAGCAGAUUAGAAAGCAAAUUAGUUGAUAAAUUG